GAGGAAAUAAUUCAUUAAAUUAACUGUGAUAACUAAAUGACAUGUUAUGGCUAUCAUUCGAGCUAAUAAACAAUAACAAUACUUUGCGAUUAAAACAACAAAGCUCAAGCCAUCGAAAGUACUUAUUUUAACAUACUUCCAACACAAACAGUGUUGGUUAUCUCGUACUUUCACCAGCAGCUACGGUACAACUUCCAUAACCUGGAUUAUUGCGGGCACACAUGACACGUCUUGUGUGCUCUGUCCGCUCUGUCAAGAAAAAAAAUUCUCCAAAGACGCGUGCGCGUAUGAACAUGACAGUUGUGUUGUUAGUGAGUGAUCACCAUCAUCAUCAUCAUCAGCAGUAGCAAGACCUAUAAGAAUUUUACCCACUUUCUAAAUUAAUAAAAUUAUAAAAUUAGUUUUCCAAAAUGGAGUUAAUCGACAAACAAAACAAUUAUGUUUUUGUUUUUAAAAGUUUAUUUGCUGGUGGUGUCGCUGGAAUGUGUUCGAAAACUGCUGUCGCUCCUUUAGACAGAAUUAAAAUACUUUUACAAGCUCACAGUAAUCAUUAUAAACAUUUUGGGGUUUUUUCCGGUCUGAAAGAAAUAAUUCAGAAAGAAAAAUUCCUGGCACUCUACAAAGGAAAUUUUGCUCAAAUGAUUAGAAUAUUUCCUUAUGCAGCCACACAGUAUACGUCAUUUGAAAUAUAUAAAAAGUAUUUAGGAACGGUGUUUGGUAAAAAUUCUCAUAUAGACAAAUUUAUCGCUGGAUCAUGUGCUGGAGUGACGUCAGUAACUCUGACAUAUCCUCUGGAUACUAUCAGAGCUAGACUUGCAUUUCAAGUGACCGGUGAGCAUAUUUACACCGGUAUUGUCCAUACCGCGAUGUCUAUUUUCAAAGAUGAAGGAGGAUUAACGGCAUUAUAUCGUGGAUUUUGGCCAACUAUACUGGGCAUGAUACCAUAUGCUGGUUUUUCAUUCUACUCAUUUGAAUAUCUCAAAUUUUUCUGUAUGAAGUACCUGCCUCACUAUUUAUGCAACGACUGUCCAAGAAAUACCGGUGGCCUUGUUUUAACAUUACCGGCAAAAUUACUCUGUGGGGGAAUUGCUGGUGCUGUUGCACAAAGCUUCUCUUAUCCACUCGAUGUCACCAGGAGACGUAUGCAAUUAGCCAUGAUGGAUCCAGCUACGCACAAAUACGGAUCGGGAAUGGUGUCGACGAUUAAAUUAAUUUACUUUGAAAACGGAGUAACAAAAGGACUUUACAGGGGGAUGAGUAUAAAUUAUCUUCGUGCUAUACCAAUGGUGUCUGUUAGCUUCACGACUUAUGAACUGAUGAAACAACUGCUGGAUUUAGACACCGGAAUGAAAAUUUAGUAGCUUAAUUUAUUUAUUCUGAUUAUUAUUUAACGGAUUGAAGUUUACUUCAGGAAAUUAAUUUUAUUCCUCAAAAAGACAUAGUCUAUUUAUAUUUAGUAUCGAUUGUAAUUGUAAGUGUUGCAUUAGCUAAAAUAAUAAUUGCACUUUUAUACCUCAAGUAAAUGUUAAAAAUAAUAGUAAUAUAUUUUAUAUGCUGACUUUUAUAUAAAUAAAUUUACCUUUUGUAUUAAUAAUUGAAAAAUUGUUUUAAUUUAAUAAAUUAUUUAGAUAAUUACAAGUAUUAAAUUCCAAUAAUGACCUUUUUAUUUUUUUUUUGACUAAAUUAAAUUUAAUGUGCAAGCGAAAAAAAAGUUAACGCGUCAGCGUUAAAAAAACGCAUAGUAAGCAUAACUAGAUAAGUAAAAACAUAAAUUACGUCUUAUCCAAGUAAUUGCCCGCUAUAGAAAUAUUA